AUCGAUAAUAUUUAUUAGUUUGUCCGAUUUCUUAUUGCAAUAAAGUCAUUGUUUGCGUUAAGAACCUAGAUAAUGGGCAUAUCUACGGCGGUGCUGCGUACCCAGUUGAUGGGCUUGACCAACUUCAUUGGUACGCACAAGGACCAAGCGGACAAGUACCGCCAGCUGCUGAAGAGUGUCCUAGCAAACACCGGUCCCGAAUUGAUCGAUACACUGAAACUCUUUGUGGAGGCCAUUGUCAACGAGCAUGUUAGCCUGGUCAUAGCUCGUCAGAUACUGAACGAUGUCGGCGUCGAGCUGAGUAAACUGCCCGACGACAUGUCCAAGCAGCUAUCCCAUUUCACACUGGAGAAGGUGCACCCACGCGUCAUAUCGUUUGAGGAGCAGGUGGCCGGCAUCCGUUUCCAUUUGGCCAACAUAUACGAGCGUAAUCAACAGUGGCGCGAUGCGGCUACCGUUUUGGUUGGCAUUCCCCUCGAGACGGGCCAGAAACAAUACUCCGUGGAGUGCAAAUUGGGCACAUACUUGAAAAUAGCACGUCUCUAUCUGGAGGACAAUGAUUCAGUGCAGGCCGAGCUGUUCAUUAAUCGCGCCUCGCUGCUCCAGGCAGAAACAAACUCCGAGGAAUUGCAGGUUUUGUACAAAGUGUGCUAUGCCCGCGUCCUCGACUACCGCCGCAAAUUCAUCGAGGCUGCCCAACGCUACAACGAACUGUCCUACCGCAAAAUAGUGGACCAGGGCGAGCGGAUGACAGCGCUAAAGAAGGCGUUGAUCUGCACGGUGCUCGCCUCGGCUGGGCAGCAGCGCUCCCGCAUGCUGGCCACGCUCUUCAAGGAUGAGCGCUGCCAGCAUUUGCCAGCCUAUGGCAUACUGGAGAAGAUGUACUUGGAGCGCAUUAUACGUCGCUCGGAGCUGCAGGAGUUUGAGGCAUUGCUGAUGGACCAUCAAAAGGCUGCCACACCGGAUGGCUCUUCCAUAUUGGAUCGCGCUGUCUUUGAGCACAAUUUGUUGUCCGCCAGUAAAUUGUACAAUAACAUAACAUUCGAGGAACUCGGCGCCCUGUUGGACAUACCCGCUGCCAAGGCGGAGAAGAUCGCCUCGCAAAUGAUCACCGAGGGACGCAUGAACGGGCACAUUGACCAAAUCUCGGGCAUUGUGCACUUUGAGAAUCGUGAACUGCUGCCCCAAUGGGAUCGUCAAAUUCAAUCGCUGUGCUAUCAAGUUAAUUCCAUUAUAGAGAAAAUCGGCGUGGCCGAGCCGGACUGGCUGGAUCAACAGAACUGAUCAUGCGAGGUGGGCAGACUGCAUCAUACAAAACUUUACUGAAAUUCUCAUCCUGAUCUGGGAAAGUUCGACAUGUUUUACAUUUAAUUUAACGCUUGCCGCCGCCGAGUUCCAUGUGUAAAUUUCAUUUUGAAUUUAAGAAAUAAAUGGCUAAAAUGCAUACAAAAUGAUUCCAUGAAUCAGUGCACAUUCGAAACAAUAGUAAAAUAUAAAUUCAAUUUAUAUGAAACAUGUACAUACACACAUAUUCACAAUAGUAUUUCUAUUCGUAUAAUUCACAAAAAGUCUGUGUAUAUAAACAAUUUUAAGUCUUAGACAGCUAGCGGAAAGUUUUGCUUUUGUAUACAAUACAAAUACA